UAUAAAAAUUUCCGGCACUUUCCGCUGCUCAGUUCGAGGUGGAAGAGCUUCGAGAGUAAAGGCAUCCGGACCGCCAGUCUUGGAACUUUUUCUCUGACAAAUGCCUCCCAAAUCCAUCAGAAAGUGUUUGGACGGGAUCCUCGGCAGCUUGUCCAAAGAAAACUUUGACAAGUUCGUCCACGAGCUCGUGCAAAGACAGCAGGAACCGCGCGUGCUGCGAAACAGGGUGGAGGGGGAACGAUAUUGGCAAGUUGUAGAGGUGAUGAUCCAAACCUUUACUGAAAAUACAGCUGUGGAUGUGGCCAUGGAGUUACUGGAAGAGAUCGACCUCAGCUGUGAAGCAGAGGAACUGGGUAAGUCAGCCCGGUCAUGUGGGUAUAAACCAACAUCUGGUCCCAGUGACGCUGGAGCAGCUGGACCUCCUCCAGCUGCAGCAGGUGGUCCUCCUCCAGAGAGGCACUUCGUGGACACACACAGGACGGCCUUGAUCCAGGAUCUGAGCCUCGUUGACCCCAUUUUGGACGUGCUCCGGGGAGAAGGAGUAAUCAAUCCUGAAAUGUACAGUAACAUAAGAGCAGAGAGAACUCCCCAGAAUAAGAUGAGGAAACUUUUUGAAUAUCUUGAUGCAAUGGGUGAAGAGGGAAAAGAUGUCUUCCUGUCGGCCCUCAAGGACCAGCAGCCGUUUCUUUACAACAAACUUUGUUCGUCUGCUCAGGUUUCCAAAUGAGUUUGUCCAGAAACAUCUCACCUGG